AUGAGCGAUGACCCGGUGGAGAUCUUGCACCUCACCUGGGCCGCGGUUCUCAGCACCGCCGCCACGGUCCCACUGGACGCGGAGGGUCUCUUCUUCGGCCGGGGCCGAGUGAUCGAAGCCUUCCGCCUCCUGGGCCGCGCGGGCACAGCCACGGAAGCGGAAGCGGAAAGGGAUGCCGAGGGCCCGGGAAAGGUCGGCCUGUCGAAAAGCGCGGAACUCGUGGUGCAGGAGCAACGGCAGUUAGACCAGCGGCUGCUGGGCUGGUGCUCUAUGCAUGCGGCCGGGCCCCCGGGCGACCUCACCUUCUCAGAGAGGCGGCUGCACCGGGCCUUGGCUUCCCAGGAAGUGGUGGGCUGCCGUCUCUGGCGCACGCAGGGCUCGGUGCGGGGCAUCUUCGGGCAGGAGGCGUGCAGCUUCGUGGGCUCGGAGAUGAAGCCUCGGGCCCUGAAGGUGCGGAGCAUCGGCACCACCACCGGCCUCACCGAGGGUGCGCAGCUGCAAGUCCGGGGCAGGACGGCGGACGCCAUGGCAAGCCUCGCGGAGAACCUGGCGCACGCGAAGGAGGAUCUGACGGACACGGUGCUGCGGCAGCUGGCGGACAUCGACGCGAGCGCCGCGACGGGCGACCUGGCCGCCGGCCUGCGGGCAGCGCAGCGCGCGGCGGCCUUCUCCUCCGUGACCUGCGACGCGGAGGCAUUCGAGUGCCCCAUGACCAUCCAAGAGCUCCAGAAGGAGACGGCCUACGGUGUCAUCGGCACAGACCACAUUGAGAAGGAGUCUGGGCCUAAGGUGCAGAUUGAGGAAGAUGCGGACAUCCCCAAGUUUGUCAACAUCAAGCGCUGGCCUUAG